AUAAAAAAUGAUUGAAGGUGUGAGGGUAUCAUUUCUGUUGCCGUCCAUAUUACUCAUAUUUUCUUCAUCCCAGACCAACGAGCGCGAACUCACCCAACUCGCUCCUCUGACUCAACCAUGUGGAGAAGCUCUCUGAAUUUCUCAUCGAAACUCGUCAAGACACCCAGCCCCAAUCCAUCUGUUCGUGUUCUUCGUGCUUCCUUAGCUUAUCAUGGCCAUCUGAUCCGACCCAGUUCGACGGCUGCUGGAUCGGAGUCUCCAUCACAUGCCGAUUCGGUGAAAUUAGGGUUAGCGUCUUCCGCAUGGGAUCGGACCUGGCCUUCGUCAUCGGCAGUCGGAUUGUCGUCGCUAGCUUCUGCCUCGGUUUUGAAGAGUAGGGAGGUGUGCGACCUGGCUAAGCACUAUGGUCGCUGUUAUUGGGAGCUCUCCAAAGCUCGUCUCAGUAUGCUAGUAGUAGCCACCUCUGGCACAGGUUUUGUUCUUGGUAGUGGUGGAGCAAUUGAUUAUGCAGGUCUUUGGACCACGUGUGCUGGUACUAUGAUGGUUGCUGCUGCUGCCAACUCUUUAAACCAGGUGUUUGAGGUGAAAAAUGAUGCAAAAAUGAAGAGAACUCGGCAGAGACCACUACCUUCAGGGCGGAUUACUAUACAUCAUGCUGUUGCCUGGGCAUCUUGUGCCGGUGUUGCCGGUACUAGUUUGUUGGCUUGCAAGGCAAACAUGUUGGCUGCUGGCCUUGCUGCUUCUAAUCUUUGUCUUUACGCGUUUGUGUACACUCCACUGAAGCAGAUACAUCCCAUUAAUACAUGGGUUGGGGCUAUUGUCGGUGCUAUCCCGCCACUUCUUGGGUGGGCUGCAGCAUCUGGUCAAUUAUCCCUCAAUGGAUUCAUUCUCCCUGCUGCUCUUUAUUUUUGGCAAAUACCCCACUUCAUGGCCUUAGCAUACUUGUGCCGCCAGGAUUAUGCAGAUGGAGGGUUUAGGAUGUUUUCCUUGGCUGAUGCUUCUGGUCAGAGAACAUCUUCAGUUGCCUUGAGGAACUGCCUGUAUCUACUACCACUUGGUUAUCUAGCCUAUGACUGGGGGUUAACCUCAGGGUGGUUCUGCCUCGAGUCCACAUUCCUUGCUCUUGCCAUCACCGCCACAGCAACAUCUUUCUACUUCAGUCGCACAAUCAAAGAUGCCCGUAGGAUGUUUCACGCCAGCCUUCUUUACCUUCCAGUCUUUAUGUCUGGACUUCUUCUCCAUUGCGUGUCCAAUAACAACGAGCAACAUGUGACCAUGAAGAACGAGAUGGAUACAGAAGUAUUCACGGGUCAAAAGAGAGAGAAGUGCUUGCUCGGUGCUGAUUCACGCCCUCCUGUUGCAUACGCUUCUAUUGCCCCCUUUCCUUUCUUGCCGGUUCCCUUAUAUGCCGAAUAGUAAGUCUUUCUUUCUUUCUUUUUCUGUUUUGUUUAUGUAUUAUUGACAUCACUCCCGCCCUUAAUAAGAGUCAUGUCUGUAAUGUUUGUUUUUUGUGGAGGGGACGGGAUGUGAAAUUAUAUACACGUCAAGGGUGUUCCAUCUGCAAUUUUUCCCCGUUCUCUUAAAUGGACGUUGUGGGGGGUUUGCUUCUUCAGUUUUGAUUCCAACAGUACAUUAUUGUUUUACCAUAUUCAAUAAUGCUUGUAAACUUCUUUCCUUUUUUUGCAAUUGUAAAUGGCUUUGUUUAAUCUUUCUCUAUCACCAUGAGCCCAAUAAGCUGUGAGGAAUAAAAAGGAACCUGUUUU